GGUGCCGCGGAGGGCGGAGCUAGGUGUGGGGUGGUGGCGGCGGCCAUGUCGCUGCAAGAGGACCCGGUGCAGCGCGAGAUCCACCAGGACUGGGCCAACCGCGAGUACAUCGAAGUGAUCACCAGCUCCAUCAAGAAGAUCGCGGAUUUCCUCAACUCCUUCGACAUGUCCUGCCGCUCCCGGCUCGCCACCCUCAACGAGAAGCUGACCGCGCUGGAGCGACGGAUCGAGUACAUCGAGGCCAGGGUAACAAAGGGCGAAACACUGACCUAACUGCAGAAGGCUGGUGGGGAGCUGACCUGGAGAAGAUUGUGUGGCUGUGCCAGAGUUGACAGUCAGGCAUCUGAUUUCUUCAUUACUUCUUAUUGGUGACAGGACUUCAGCUUGUUUCUGCGAUGCAAUAUCCCUGCCUUCAGUGCAUGACUCCAGGGUGAAUCCAGAGGAAAUUGAUAAAAUGCAAAUGAGCAUGUUGAAUUCAGUGAUUUUUGUACAGACAGAUUCAUGCAGCUGUCAAAUAUUCCUGCACACCUUAAUCUCUCUGUAAUUCCCAGCUGUGCAUGUAGAACUCCCAACACUUCAUAGCUACAGAAUCUCUCUGGCCAAAGGUCACUUUGUGGGAAGAAAACUUCUCUUGUGAGCUGACCAGCUGAUGAAGUGAGUGUCCGUGCUGUUAGUGGGCCACUCCACUGGUGGUUUCCAUUCCUUUAACAAAGUGGUUCUCAACCAGGGGUUUGGGGACCCCUUGGGGGCUGCAAGCAGGUUUCAGGGGGUCCUCCAACAGAGCCAGUUAGACUCAC